UCAUUUAUUCUAUUAUUAUGAGUCUUAAACAAGCCCAUUAAUCACAAUUAUAACUAUGGUGUGAGGCGAGUUUGGUACAUUUUUUAUAUUUCCCUAUUUGAAAGCCCAUUUUUCGCCUAUCCUUUUUCACCUUUGUUUCGCGGCGGCGCAACUGCUCUGCAACUCUGCCAUUGCGCCACCGCCGAUUCGCCGAUAAUCAAUGGCGGAAGAAGCCGUGCUAGGCUAUCUAGAGCACAACCAGGAGAUAUCAGAUUCCGGCGUAUUCGCCCAGGAGAAAGGAAUCGACCAUGAAGAGCUCGUCAACGUCAUCAAAAGUCUCAACGGCUUUGGUCUCGUUGUUGCUACGGAUAUCAAGAGGGAGAGAUGGUCUCUCUCGGAGGAGGCUCAGAGUUAUGUUAAAUAUGGAUCUGCUGAAGUACUACUCUUUGAAGCCGUGCCACCAGAGGGUACCGCCAAAGCUAAGUUGCAGGAAAUCUUGAAGUCAAAAUUGCCUGCGGAUCUUGAUGACAACACUAAGUCCUUAAUUUACGACAAAGGGUGGGCACAGGCCAUGAAGAACAAAUGGAUAGGACUGGCAGAUUCUCAAGUAUCACGGAAGGUUGAACAAGUUGAAGACAGAGUGAAAGAGUUACUAAUCCAGAUUCAGAAUGGGGAGGCUGUUGGUGCUAAGGAUAUUGAUGCUCUCAAGCGAAGAAGGCUUAUUAGUCUCCAGAUAUGGAAAGGCUAUUCGGUAAAGAAAGGUCCUAAUUAUGCUCCAAAGAGGAAAAAGGCAGCUACUGAUUUAACUCGCGAACAUCUACAGAGGGAUGAAUGGAAGGAUAUUGAGUUUAAGGAGUACAACUUCCUUGCGAAGGGCCAACCAACUGAAGGUGGCUGUCUUCAUCCGUUAUACAAGGUUAAGCAACAACUUCAGAUGAUAUUUCUCCAAAUGGGAUUUGAAGAGAUGCCAACAAACAAUUAUGUGGAGAGCAGCUUCUGGAACUUUGACGCACUUUUCCAACCUCAACAACAUCCGGCUCGUGAUUCACAUGAUACAUUCUUUCUGAAAGUGCCUUCGACCACAAAGAGUCUGCCUGAAGAAUAUGUCGAGCGAGUUAAAACAGUUCAUGAAUCUGGUGGCUAUGGCUCCCGGGGGUAUGGAUAUGAUUGGAAGAGAGAGGAGGCAAACAAGAAUCUUCUGCGGACUCACACGACUGCUGUAUCCACCAGGAUGUUGUAUGCACUUGCCCAGGGACCUUUUACUCCAAAAAAAUAUUAUUCUAUAGACCGUGUUUUCAGAAACGAAGCAGUAGAUCGAACUCAUCUUGCUGAAUUCCACCAGAUAGAAGGCUUAAUUUGUGAUCGAGGGCUUUCACUUGGACACUUAAGGGGAGUUCUUGAAGACUUCUUCUCUCGGAUAGGGAUGUCUAAGCUUAAGUUCAAGCCCGCCUACAAUCCUUAUACUGAACCGAGCAUGGAAAUCUUCAGUUAUCACGAAGGUCUGAAGAAAUGGGUUGAAAUUGGCAACUCGGGUAUGUUUAGACCAGAAAUGUUGCGGCCAAUGGGACUUCCGGAAGAUGUGCAGGUGAUAGCAUGGGGUCUUUCACUUGAGAGGCCCACGAUGAUACUUUACGGGAUUGACAACAUCAGAGAUCUCUUCGGCCACAAGGUGGAUCUGUCUCUCACUAAAAGAAACCCGAUAUGUCGCCUUGGACUUAGUUGAAAGACGCUCACUGCCAGAUUAGAACACACUUGUCUUUCAUCAACAGCAAAUUGUUUAAAAUAUUGUUGUUGAUUUUGUUAUUUUGAUGGUUUGACGUAUCUUACCCAGAUUAGAUUUUUGAUCAAAUGCAUGGUUAUGUUAAACAAAAGAAAA